UCCUUUCUCUUCUCGACUCUCGUCUCCCUCCAUAGCAAGCAAGGAGAGAAAUUAAUAAAACCCCUUCAAUGGGAGAAGGAGAAGAGGAGAACCCAUCUCCCCAUUCCCCUCUUCUCCCCUCCUCCUCCUCCUCCUCCUCCGAGCAAAACCCUAACCCUCCGAUCUCCAUCGCCGUCGCCGAUGAGGUCCCUCGGCAGCUAGGGCUCGCGGCGCCAUUGAUCGCCGUGAGCCUCCUUCAGUACCUGCUCCAGGUCAUCUCCGUCAUGGUCGUCGGCCACCUCGGCGAGCUCGCCCUCUCCGGCGCCUCCGUCGCCGCCUCCUUCGCCAACGUCACCGGAUUCAGCGUCCUGCUUGGUAUGGGAACUGCACUCGACACGCUUUGCGGGCAGGCCUAUGGGGCAAAACAAUACCAUAUCCUCGGUAUACAAAUGCAGAGGGCUAUGUUUGUUCUUCUCCUUGCAAGUGUUCCGUUAGCUUUUAUUUGGGCCAACACAAGCCAAAUUCUCAUUGCCGUUGGUCAGAAUCCCGAAAUAUCAAAAGAAGCAGGUUUAUACGCUCGUUGGCUGAUCCCUGGCCUCUUUGCCUAUGGUUUGCUUCAAUGCCACGUUAGAUUUCUACAAACCCAAAAUAUAAUCUUUCCGAUGGUGAUUAGUUCUGGGGUAACUGCAUUACUUCAUCUUAUAUUAUGCUGGAUUUUGGUGUAUAAAUCUGGCCUUGGAACCAAAGGUGCAGCAUUGGCGACAACUAUAUCCUACUGGAUCAACACGCUUAUAUUAGCAUUAUACAUCAAGCUCUCUCGAGCUUGCAGGAGGACUUGGACUGGAUUUUCAACAGAGGCACUAAGUGAUGUUCUUAACUUUUUGAGACUUGCUGUUCCCUCCGCUUUUAUGACUUGCUUAGAGUAUUGGGCGUUUGAAAUGGUGGUUCUUCUAGCUGGUUUUCUUCCCAAUCCAAAACUAGAGACUUCAGUUUUGUCAAUCAGCCUGAACACAAUGUGGGUGGUUUAUACGAUCCCAACUGGUCUCAGCAAUGCUGCAAGUAUUAGAGUUUCAAACGAACUAGGAGCCGGGCAUCCGCAAGCUGCACGCUUGUCGGUAUAUGUUGUGGUAGCCAUAGCCAUAACCGAGGGCCUAAUUGUUGCCUUAGCUACCAUCUUGGUGCGCGAUAUUUGGGGCUACUUAUAUAGCAAUGAAGAAGAAGUCGUGAAAUAUGUAUCAGCUAUGAUGCCGAUUCUUGCUGCUUCUGAUUUUAUGGAUGGGAUUCAAUGCACUCUUUCAGGCGCUGCUAGAGGAUGUGGUUGGCAGAAGAUAUGUUCAGUAAUCAACCUCGGUGCCUAUUAUGUCGUCGGCAUUCCAUCUGCUGUUCUCUUUGCUUUUUUCUUCCAUGCCGGUGGGAAGGGCCUAUGGAUGGGAAUUAUAUGCGCGAUGAUCGUACAAAUUUUGGUUCUCAUCGCAAUGAUACUCUCCACCAAUUGGGAUCAAGAAGUGAGAAAGGCCAGGGAAAGUGUUCAAACAUCUGAUGCAAACACUGAUCCUAUGAUUCAAUCAUAAAUCGCAGCAUCUUAUAAUUCCUCUUCAGUUAAGAGACUAUUAUUCAUUUUGUAAAACUCAAUCCAUCUGCUACAAAAAAGUAAAUUUACACUCUGAAAGUGUAUGUAAAAAUGUGAAAAUGUUAGUAUGUUUAUGAAAAAUUUAAUGUAGACCCCCUCAACUAUAGACUAUUUCGAAGUUGGUUUCGAACUUCAUGUUUUUAAUCCAUUUCCUUUAAUACCUUU